GAAAAAAAAAAAACGUUAUCGAUGGCGAAUUAAUGACGGAGGGGAUUUCUAAGAGGGAGCUUGCUGUGUUCUUCUAUCUCUCUGCUAAUAUUCUUCACAUUUGAUCUCUUUUUCCCAGCCUUUCGACCCUGAUAAGUGUGAUAAGUGUGGUAAUAUCGUCCCGUCCCUGCGCCCUCACGCCUUGGUUGGACGAUCCCGUUCAACAACCAGAUUUGCCAUUUGAUUACGGAACGAAAGAACAUACCACUCCACGAUAGCAUAGGCCUCAAUCUCUCAUUUCCGCGUCAGGCAUGCGCCUAUGGAGCAGCAAAGGCAGUCGAUGCCUUUUGUGCACACUGCAGCCAAUAGUCCGUCCUGCGAAUCGGACCUUUGCAACUUCGCCAGUGCUGCUGAGAAAAGCUGGACAAAAAGAUAGAGGCAAUCGGGCCAAGCAAGAGCAAGGAAAGAAUGCAUCUCGUGCCAAGUCUCCUCCCAGAGAUCGCCUAAGAUCGACCGGACCUGAUUUUGUGGCGGUCGUCAAACAAAGUCUCGAAGGCUAUCGCACCAAGCUCACGAGAGCGAAAGACUGGACAUCCUUGAAGAGGUGGGAUGCCUUUGAAAGACAGGUGCUGAAUGCAUGCAAACUAGACGAUCGCAAAACUCCUGCAGCCGCGGGUGCCUUGCGCCGCCUCAAGAAUGCCCUGCAUGAGGCCUACAGCAAUUAUGGAGUCAGGGGACUGAGAGAUGAGAUAGAAUUCCAGAUGUACUCGGAAGAUAUCACGGCGGAAUAUGGGACACCGAACCAGGUCCGGCAGAAGAUAUUGGCUGACAUGCGACGUCCGACGGAGUUGUUCCCGCAAGCGCGCGCCAUCCAGCGCACAAUACACUUACACGUCGGUCCCACCAACUCGGGGAAAACGUACCAUGCACUAAAACGCCUGCAAGCGUCCAAGUCUGGCUUCUAUGCUGGACCUUUGCGACUAUUGGCCCAGGAAGUAUACCAGCGCUUUACGACGGCCGGAAUCCCCUGCAGCUUGAUCACUGGUGAUGAAGUUAAGAUCCACGAAGGUGAUGGUGAUGAAUCGGCAGCGAUUGUUAGCAAUACGGUGGAGAUGUGUAGCAUAGGACAGUCAUAUGAAGUCGGUGUCAUCGAUGAGAUCCAAAUGAUCAGUGAUACUCGGCGUGGGUGGGCUUGGACCCGUGCUUUCCUGGGUGCUCGCGUCCAAGAACUUCAUCUCUGUGGUGAACUGCGAGCGGUUCCUUUGAUUCGAGAGCUGGCAGCUCUAACUGGUGACAAACUCGAGAUCCACCGCUACGAACGACUGAACGAAUUGAAAGUUGCCAAGCAGAGUCUCGGAGGCAACUUAAACAAUCUUCAGAAAGGAGACUGUGUUGUCUCCUUCUCGCGUCUUGGGAUUCACGCUCUGAAAGCACAGAUUGAAAGGACCACGGGGAAACGAGCAGCUAUCGUCUAUGGGAGCUUGCCGGCCGAAAUUCGAACCCAGCAGGCUGCACUCUUUAAUGAUCCGGACAAUGACUACGACUUUCUAGUUGCUAGCGACGCUAUUGGCAUGGGUCUCAAUUUGAGCUGCAAGCGUAUCGUUUUUGAAACCGUGACCAAGCAGCUCCCGCAAGGGCUUGUGCGGCUCACUGUACCAGAGAUCAAGCAGAUCGGAGGACGAGCAGGUCGUUACAGGCCUGCUGUGCAGCACGGGAAAGUUUCUCAAAAUGAUCAAGAAGACAAUGUCGGUUGGGUGACAUCCCUCGAGGAAGUUGAUCUACCUUACAUCAAGCAGGCGAUGGAGAUAGAGCCCCCUCCCCUUGUUGCCGCGGGCUUGCAGGCUCCGGACUCUGUCUUCCAGAAGUUCUCGGCUCAUUACCCGGCGAACACCCCCCUGGAAUACUUGAUCAAGCGCAUUUUGUCGGUUGCACAAGUACAUCCAUUAUUCUUUUUGUGUGAUCCUCGCGCUCAGCUCGAAAACGCCGAGGUCAUCGAUGCCGUCGAAGGGCUGCGCAUACCUGACCAACUGACUCUCAUGGCCGCACCUAUGUACGUCAAGGAUGUCAUCGGCAAGGAUGCAGCUAUUGAGUUCGCUCGCGCCGUUGCUGAGAACUCAAACGGUCAUCUCAUAAGCUUUUCGAGCCUCAAUCUGGAAAUCCUCGAAAAAGAGGUUUCAGCCAACAAACAGUACACCCUAGAUUUGGAAUCUCUACACAAGUCAAUCGUCUUAUAUCUCUGGCUGAGCUUCCGUUUCGGCGGCAUUUUCACAGACCGAACUCUGGCCAUGCACGUUAAGGAGUUAUUGGAAGAAAGGAUGGUCCGGGCUCUGACAGAAUUCUCCGCCAACAAGCAGCUCAGAACGGACUCUUCUCUCCGACGGCAGCUCGCUAUCGAGAGACAGAGUUUGGAACAACAGCAACUGUUGGCCGAAUUCGCCGAUACGACCUAUGGUAGCGGCAUGGCUUCGCUUGAUGAUCAAGCGCAAGACGACGCGCUACACACAGACGACUUACUGGAAGACCCUGUGCUGGACGACCCUAUGGAAGAUGCUAAUCUUCAGGAAGAGGGUGCCCAGGAAGAUGGUGCCCCGGAAGAACCCGCCCAGGAGGAACAGACCCAGGAACAGUCAAGAGCCCAAGGAGGAUCUCACUAGAUUUAUAGUUGAAGGGGCUCUUAUCUAAUGAGUCGUAGCGCAUGUUCGUGCCUAUCAUGUUUGGUUCUUCUGUAUAUAGAUCAGGUGGAUUAUGAUCCUUGCGGACUUUUUGUAUACUAGAAACUGAGGAAAGGAACGUAUGUACAGAGAUAACCCUACUCCGAAUAACCAAGAAUUGAAUCCUG